AUGAUCAGUCCACUUAUGCUAAUGCUCUUUGGAUGUCGCCAGGCUGUUUGGCGACCAGACUCUUCAAGUAGUGAUUUAGGCACAAUCACUAUGGAUGACUGGAUUCCCCUUCGUACAAAAUUUUCUUCUGCGGCUCGAAUCUUUGCGUUAAGACCGGCCCUCGAGGCCCUAUUAGUCAGGAUUUGCCUCCGUCCUGACAAUCUUGAGGAUACUGAUUCUCAAGAUCACCAACUUAUCAAUCUUGUGACUCGACUGUGUAUGAAAUCUACUCUGUUACCUGACACUGGUGGCUCCGAACUUGAUUAUUCAGGUCCUCCAGAAAAGCGUUUUGCAUCUGAUCCGUCAACACCUUUACUCACGGGCAGAACACGGCGGCAUGUUGACUAUGGUCCUUCUGAUUAUACAGGUUUCCAGCGAUAUGCUAAUCACCCAGAGCGCAAUUUUGGCCAUGGAUAUUUUGACGAAGCUAAUCGCGGAUCAUAUCAAAGGCCGCCCUAUUUUACACAAAGAGGUCGUGGGGACUUUUACCAAAAUCAUUCUGGUGGCUUUCAGAGAAGUUAUUCAAGUGCAGAUUCCAGUAGCGGUUGGUUCAAUAAUGAUAGCAGUUUUUGUCCUAAUUUCGGACGACCUUAUCACGGGCAGGGACUAUAUAGACAUCCUCCUCGAAAUUGGUAG